AUGCGUCCCGAUGACAUAAACCCGAGGACUGGGCUGGUGGUGGCCCUGGUCAGUGUUUUCCUGGUCUUUGGCUUCAUGUUCACUGUCUCUGGCAUGAAGGGGGAAACUCUGGGGAACAUCCCUCUGUUGGCCAUCGGGCCAGCCAUCUGCCUUCCAGGCAUCGCAGCCAUUGCUCUGGCCAGGAAAACCGAAGGAUGUACCAAGUGGCCAGAGAAUGAGCUACUCUGGGUCCGCAAGUUACCCUGUUUCCGGAAGCCCAAGGACAAGGAAGUGGUAGAACUACUGAGGACCCCCUCAGACCUGGAGUCCGGCAAGGGGAGCUCAGAUGAACUGGCUAAGAAGGCAGGCCUCAGAGGAAAGACGCUCCCACAGGGGCCAGGUGAGGUGCCUAUGGCCAGCUCCAUUACCACUCCCACCCCCACAGAGGAAGGAGAAUGCCAGAGUUUAGUCCAGAGUGGGCGUCAGGAGGAGACGUCCAGAUACCUGGAUGGCUACUGCCCCUCGGGCAGUUCCCUCGCCUACAGUGCCUUGGACGUCAAGGGCUCAACCUGGGACAGAGCUGACCGCCCCGAGCCCGAGGAUAGCAUCUUCUUUGUGCCCCAGGACAGUAUCAUCGUUUGCUCCUACAAGCAGAACAGCCCUUAUGACAGAUACUGUUGCUACAUCAAUCAGAGCCAAGGCAGGUGGGACCACGAGACAAUAGUCUAA